CUUUUCCGGAGCGCAAUGCCCGCAUCGAUUUUCUCCGCCUGACGUCUAUGGCGGAACUGGCAGGAUGGACGAGAAAUUCGCGAAGUACAAGGACAGCUAUGACACCCCGGACUUCGUGUUCGAUUACAGCUCCGUGUUCGAUUACUCGUCUAUACACCACAUGACUACGUUGAAGAAACCGGAAAAGUAUCAGACCAUCUUCAAGUACAAUAAGCAUCAAGUCGUCAUAGACCUUUCGGAAUGUGAGCCCGAACCCUGGCAGUCCACCAUCAUCCGGACCAUCGUCACAUUCUUCUGUUACCUGUUCCUGGUUUUCACAUUUCCUGUCACAUGCUGGGUCUGCAUCAAGCGGGUGCCAUCACUGGAACGUCUGGCGGUGUUUCGCUUGGGAAAACUGCAGCCAGUGCAAGGACCAGGUGAAUGCGACGGCUGGGACGUGAAUUUCUGCUCACACGGAUUUCUUCCAGGCCUCGUGCUGGUGUUUCCGUUCAUUGACUCUUCGAUGAAAGUGGACCUCAAGCCAAAGGUCUUCCAGGUCCCCAAUCGUGAGGUCCUGACAGGCGAUGGCGCCAUAAUAGAGGUGGGCGCUGAGCUGCAGUGGCAAGUGGUGCACAGCGUGCGCUACGUGACACGGGUCAAGGAGGUGGACGCCACAGUGGGCUCUCUGUGCCAGCAAUGCCUGGCUUCCCUGCUGGGCUGCAGCGAUCAGGACGACCUCGACAGGCACAAGGACGCCAUUGAGGCCACGCUCCUGACUAAGCUGAAUGAGACUAUCCUCCCAUGGGGUCUUGAAGUGACCAAAGUUGACGUGAAGAUGGUGCGUGUUGUGAAGACGGCAGAGCCAAGCAACCCAUUGACUCCAGUGGUGGCUGCCCUCAAGACUGCCUUGGGAAUCCCCACAGAGCACUCCAAGACGCCAACAACCAUUCCUACCGGUCCCGGCGGGUUGCAUGCAGUGCCAGCCACUCCCAGCGAGCCGCAGUUUGAACAGCUGGUGCAAGUUUUGCAUCAGCUGGCUGUGUACGCCUCCCAGCAGGAAGACUUUGAGGGGGUCACGGUCACUUAUGCUGUUGAGAUCAAGGGCAGCUCCAAAGCAGCCCUCACUGUCUACCUCUGUUUUGACAAAGGUGCCGUGGAGCUGGUGCGAGGAGGCAAGGAGGCACCUCCCAAGGCGGACGUGACGCUGAGCCUGUCUGCAGAUGACCUGACGCUCAUCCUGUGCGGCAAGGAAACCCCCAUGCAGGUGUACAUGGGUGGGCGUGUCAAAGUCCAGGGAGACUGGGCUGCCCUCAGGCGCUUUAUGGGUGUCAUCGACAAGUGCACUGCGCCGUAAGCGCCUACUGAGAGCACUCUUUCUAGUCCAGAGACGUGUUUGGACAAGUCGCAUACUCGGAGAGACCAGUCAUUACCUAGAAGACGGGGCCAGUGCUUGAUGUCACCAUUAGAUGUCCUAUUAACUUUAGCUCAGCAAGAGUUUGCGCCAUGGCAGCAUUCCUCCCAUCUGGUUGUUAACGAAGAAACAGCCCCAACUGGGAGAAGAUGAGAGGCUUGUUUCACUUUUACCUCUUACAUAGUAUUAGUGGCUAGGCAUUCUUGCUGGGGCAACUCCAUAGUAGCAGCAUUUACAAUUCAACUGGUGUUACCAGAUGUUUAACAUGUUUACACUGGGACCCUGCAGGACAGAGCCCAGUACCGAGUUCAACACAGCUUACACAUCAUUGCCAGACCCCCCCCCCCCCCCCCCCCCCCCUUUCUUGUUACAUCUCACUAGCUCGGGUGGUAAGAUAUACAAAAAGUACUGGCAUUGUGUUUGGAUUAGCUGUGUUCCACACUGUGCAUGUAAUCCCAAUGAAAGGGUGCGUGGAGGCUCUGGAUUCUAAACGUUGUUGGAUCGACCAACAAAAAAAAAAAAAAAGUGUAUAUAUGCAAGUUGCGUUCUCUCAGUGUAGUCCUGCAUUUCUCUCCAGUUGACCUGUGCAGGUGCAAAGUGCUUGUGGCAAAGCAUAACAUUGCCGGUAGAAUUGUUUCGAGCCAAAUACAGUACUGACCAGGAUCACCAUAUACCCCCUUGGAAACAGAAUCUCGGACAGAUCCCUUGUAUCGGACAUUUCUUUUUCCCCAAGGAUACAUACAUACAGUUCGCUCAAUUUUAAAGUCUGUGCAAUAGUAGUAGGUUUCGUAUCAUGUUUCAUUUGUUUUUGCCUACAUGACGUAGCUCGUGUACGAGACGUGGUGUUGGAAGUCAGCUUGAAAGGUGCAAUGUCUGGAACAGGUUACGAUUACAUGAAAGGAUAAAACAGAGGACGGGAACGGAGUUUUUGAAAGAAGUUCUGUUUUUGUCCCCAUCCUCUAUGUUUUGUCCUUUCAUGUAUUUACAGUAAAACCUCAUUAUAACAAAAUGGGAUAUAGCAAACUAAUGGAUAUAACAAAGCAAUCAUCAUUCCCCUCGCUUGCUAAUAGUGGGAAGAAAUAGACAGUGGCUAUAACGAACUAAUGGUUAUAACGAAAUAAUUAACACCGCUCCUUCAACUUUGUUAUAACGAGGUUUUAUUGUAUAUAUAUCCACCAACACGCAUGUUUUCAAUUAUUACCGGAACAGGUUGAUGUGUAAUGUGUGAAUUUAUGCUAAAGUAAGUUACCGUAGAAUACCGCGCAUCCGCCGAUUCCACAUUAAGCGCCCAUUACCAAAUUUGUGAGAUCUGAGAAAAUACGCACAGUACAUUUAUAUGUAAAAUUGAUGACCGGACAAGCGCAUA